CCCCGUUCUCUUAUAAUACUCUGCUUCGCUUGCUAUCGCGCGGACAGCAUUCGCAAUGUCGAUAUUACCCGUCAACAGCCAUCCUGGCAGCGUGAACGGACACGCGAGCCCACUGCAAAGCCAUGCGCCGGCAUGGACAGCGAAGAGCAGAGUACCGCUCAUCUUCAAGAGGCUCACCCGGAUCCAAUCAAUGGACUUUGAGCUCGCCGCCUGGCAAUUGACAUACCUGUGCAUAGCGCCCAAACGCGUGUACAAAAACGUGUACUUCCACAAACAAACGAAAAAUACAUGGGCGAGGGAUGACCCAGCCAUCAUGGUACUUAUAUCGGCAUGCUUGGCUGUCGCCGGGAUAGCAUGGGGAAUAGUAUGGUACUCCGGCAUAGGAGCCGGCAUCGAACUGGCAAGCGUCAUGAUCCUACGAGAUUACCUCCUCGUCGGCGCCAUCAUGGCCACCAUACUAUGGGCGAUCUCGAACCGCCUGCUCCUCUCUCCUCCCUCGCACUCCACCCCGGCCGACUCGCGCGUGGAGUGGGCGUACGCGUUCGAUGUGCACACGAACGCGUUCUUCCCGAUGUUCCUGACGCUCUACGUUGCCCAGCUCUUCCUCGUUCCGGUCAUACUCCGGGACAGGUGGGUGUGCCUCUGGGUGGGCAACACGCUCUACCUCAUCGCGUUCACGCAAUAUAUCUACGGCGUGUACUCGGGCCUGAAGGCCCUUCCGUUCCUUAUCCGCACCGAAAUCCUCCUCUCACCCUUGUUACCGCUCUUCGCGAGCUACAUAGUCUCCCUCGUCGGGUUCAGCGUAGCAAAACACGUACUCAAUAACUACUUCCGAUUUUCGUAGCCCCAUAUGACUACGUACACAGC